CCAGCUGUUGCAUAAACAGGGCGGAUGUUUUGGACUCUGGUUCCCUGGUUCAAGCGGGUCUCUGCAGAGCUUCUCUUGAAGAACAUUAAAACAGUUUACUGAACCUUCAUGAGGAGAAGUUGCUGCAUCUUAAUGCUGAUAAAAAAGAAGAAGCAGAGCUGGAAAAUGACCCAGAGACGUCAUUUCUCAACCAUGGCUGCAGUGCUCCAGAUGUGCAUGAUCGUCUGUUUGCUGCCUGCUGCCAUCACCCAGACAACAAAUUCCUCAUCAAAGAAAGGUCGUAAUUACACCAUCCAUUCCUCUCAGCUGGUUUGCAGUCUGCCUGGCCCGGCAGGACCACCAGGACUGCCAGGAGCUCCUGGACCCCCAGGGUCCAUAGGCCCUAUGGGUCCACCAGGGUUGGAUGGUCCAGACGGAAAAGAUGGAGAAAAGGGACAGAAAGGAGAUGGAGGGGAUCCAGGAAGAACCGGGAACCCUGGCAAGCCAGGUGUGAAAGGCCGUGAAGGCGUUAUUGGCAAGGCAGGACCCCGGGGACUGAGGGGCCAACGUGGACCACCAGGUGUGGCAGGAAAAGAAGGAAAAAAAGGAGAAAUGGGAGACAGCGGCCAACAAGGAGCCCCUGGUGGCUGCAACUGUGGCACUGUGGCUCGAUCGGCCUUCUCUGUGGCGGUGACAAAGAGUUAUCCAAAAGAACGAAUGCCAAUCCGUUUUAGCCGGAUCCUUCUAAAUGAAGGGAAUCAUUAUAAUUCCACCAGCGGGAAGUUUGUCUGUGAGAUCCCCGGGGUCUAUUAUUUCACCUAUGAUAUAACACUGGCCAAUAAACACCUGGCAAUUGGACUGGUGCAUAAUGGUCAGUACAAGAUCAAGACAUUUGAUGCCAACACAGGGAACCAUGAUGUGGCAUCCGGCUCUACUAUACUCCACCUCAAAGAGUCAGAUCAGGUGUGGCUGCAGAUCUUCUACUCAGAGCAGAAUGGACUCUUCUUUGACCCUUUCUGGACAGACAGCACCUUCACAGGGUUUCUCAUUUACGCUGAUCAGGAGUUUCUCAAUGAGGCGGAUAACAAGGCAAAUUCUCAGGAUGAUAGUUGACGCGCUAGACCUAAAUACUCCAGUUUUAUUGUCUGAUUUAUUAUAGGGAAGAAAUAAGAUGCUUCACAAUUCUUCCAGCAGUUUUAAAAAAAAUAUCCUGCCACCAGGGGGUGUAACAAGUAAAGAAACUGCUGAAAAUCAGAAGGACAAAAAACAAAAGGAUUUGAUGCUUGCAAUGAUCCCUUUCAUUUCCCUGAUAUAGAGACAACUUUUAGAAAACGUUUUUCCCCUUUCAAAGACUACUCUCAUGGAGGUGAUUGUAAAUAAUUUCAUUAAUUAAUCCAAAAAUGAGGAGGAAAUGCAAACAAUAUGUGGCUUCAGUCAAAUUUAUGAUUCAAAGAAUGGUAAGAACUCCAAACAUGUUGAAUACAUUUUUAAAUAAUUUAAGUAGUAAAAAUGUUUAUAAAAAGCAAUAAAUUAAUUAAAAAGGACAUUUUACAUAUUAGAUCUAAUAAAUUUUCCUUGUUCUGUUAUUCUUUUCCACAUCAGCUUUGGACCCUUGACCAAAAAGGUAAAUCUAAACAAAAGACUGUGAAAUUUUAGCUUGUCUUUUUUCUUAACAUGUGAUCAGAAAGUAAAAGUAUGAUCAAAGCAUAGCUUAAAAUUAGCUUUAGAAGCAAUUAUGUUAAUGGGACCACUUGGUUGCUUAAUGUCAAAGUCAGAGAGCAACAGAAAAGAGAAGAUAUUAAAAAGCAUUAUUGAUGGAAAUUGACAUUCAAUUCAGGAUGAGUUUAUUCCAGUCUGAAGUAUUUAGAUAUAAUUCAAAUGAAGUGAAAGAAAGCAGAAGUAGACCCGAAAAUAUGCAAAUUAUUAUUUAAAACUAAAUAAGGGUUUCCCAAUACAGAAAUUGAACUUUGAAUAUACCUAUAUUGACCCAAUACAAUAUAAGUAUAAGUGCCAUGAGCAUAAAUGAAUCAUACAUACUGUUUUUGCUUAUUUUAUAGGGUGGAAUGAUAGAAAGGCAUGAUUGAGUGAUAUUUCUCAGAUAGAGAACAGAAGUCAACAACAUCAUGCGCUUUAUUUCUUAUUCACCAAAGAGCUGCAUGAACCUUAAACAAAGGCAGAUUGAAGCAAAGUGUUUCUAUGAGCUUUCUAAUCUCAGAAAUUAGACACAGGUAUAUUCCAAUAUAUGAUAUCAGACCAAUUCUGAUAUUAGUAUCGGAUUGGGACAGCCCUAGAAAUAAGUAAUGUAAACUAACAUUUAUGCAUCCUUCAAAUGUUUUUUUUUUACCUUCUCAAUACAUUUAUCCUAUGAUCUGAUUUACAAUUUGGUUAGUUUUAGAUUUGUAUUACAAUGUAGGAGAAAUUAACA